CCAACAGUCUAGUGUAUACUACAGGAGGAGCGAAGGGUCUACUCAGUCAGUCAGUCAUCGCUCCUGGUGUCCAGAGCUCUGCCGUUACGCGGAAGGCUGGCCCUUAUUGUACAUCCAGGGAAGAAAUGAACGUGGUCAUGGACAACUUCACAUACAACGGCACUCUUCGUUCUGUCACUCAAGUUUUGUACGAAGAUGCCCUUGUCGACUCAUGGGUACUCACCUCCAGCCCGGCUUCCAUCGUAAGUGUUGUCGCCGCUUACCUUGUCUUCGUCCUCUACGCCGGUCCUAAAAUCAUGGAGAAGAAGAAGGCAUUCGACCUCAAACUUGCGAUGAUGCCGUAUAACCUCAUACAAGUCGUCUACAAUUUCUACCUGGUCGCCAUGCUAUUUACAACUGACGGUGCUCUCUCCUACCUAAUGAAACAUUAUUGCCAUCCUAUCGACUCUCGUCUUAAUCCUCUCAGGCUGGUGCUGUGCACAGCGAUGUGGCAUUACACUGUUCUCAAAUUCAUGGAUUUGGUCGAUACGGUGUUCUUCGUCCUUCGCAAGAAACAAGAUCACGUGACUUUUCUACAUGUCUACCACCAUUCCGCCAUGGCGCUGUUCUCUUGGGCGACCCUCAAGUACCUCAGGGGUGAGCAGGCCGUUCUGCUGGGGUUCAUGAACGCCCUAGUCCACGUAGUUAUGUACACAUACUACUUCCUGGCAGCCUUGGGAGAGAGAGUCCGCAGAUACCUUUGGUGGAAGCGGUACCUCACCACCAUGCAGAUUGGUCAAUUCGUCAUCGGAGUGCUCUACCUCUCGUCUCUGAUCCUGAUGAGGUGUGACUUGCCGCGCAUCUUCACCUACGUCUGGGCUAGCCAGAUCCUCGUGUUUCUCGCUCUCUUCAUCAACUUCUACAUCAAAACCUACGUGAGGAGGCCGACCACAGAGCAACGAGUGAGAGGGAAGACGGAGUAGAUCCCCAAUAAGGUCUCCAACACAUAAUUUAUAUUGACAACUUCAUCCUUAUUGUUGCGAUAAAGAUGGAAGUUUAAGAAUUAGCAUUCCGAUUGAUGGCAUUUUGAAAUUUUCGUAAGUAUCGAAACUUAUUUCUGACAGGCCAGACAUCUUGAUUUGAAGUAAUAAUCUGGAGUCAUUUUGGUCGUCUAAUCUAUUUUGCUAACGUUCAGUGUACAUUUGAACUUUCUAGUAAGAUGUGUUAUAACUGAUUUCCUCCACAAUCAGUCAGAAUCAAUUCAGCUUAAAGAAUGCUAGCAGUUUAGUAAUGAUAUCUAACUUUGCUAUUCAAGAUAAUGAUGGGUUCCCUUCCAUUGGUGUAGGAAGGGAACAAUAAUUCUACUCUUAAUAAUACCUACUACAAUAAUUCGAUACUCUUUUAUUUCCUUCAUUCUAUACACCUACUCAGCUCCUGAGGAUAACGUGGUAAACGUAACACCGGUAUAAUUGCUAAUCCUCCAAAUAAAUUAAAAUUAAAUGUAUAUAAUUAUUUUGGUCGUAGGCCUAUUUUAAAAUAAAUUAUAAGUCAAACUAAAACUGUAUAAAAUAUCUGUGCACUUAGUUAUUGAUAACUAAUUACUUUUUAUAGCAAAGAAUGUUCUAGAUAUAUUUCUUAUUUAUAAGUAAGUGUUAAAUAAUGUAAAUAAUUUUAAAAAAUGUCUAUAAAAGUAUUUUAAUA